CAUAGAAGUGCACGUCUGUUCAUUAUUUGUCAUUGUUACUAAAUAUUAGUUCGUGGAAGGGAAGAAAGUGAAGACGUGGACCAAUUUGAUUGAGGUGUUAGAAAAAGCUUGAAGUAAAUUUUUGAACGAAACAUUUGCGUGCUUGUCUUUGAAAAGAAGUGGGUAUAAAAAAUGUUCAGAAAAUAAUGGUACAUAUAUCUUCAAGUGGGACAGUUCAAGACAGACCUCCAUGGAGCCUGUCAAGAUUGAUAGCAUUAUUCUGGAGUUUCUUAAAUUUCAUAUUUAUGUUCUUUAAGACUUUGGUCAACCCUGACUUAAACAGAUAUGGAGACAGGUAUACACGAGAUUACAGGCCUGGACCCGGGCCUCCACGACCACCCACAAGGAGAAUGGGUCGAUUUGGGAGCGGCAGCAUUAAUGACUCUAGCACCUGUUCUAGAGGAUGAGGCUAAGACCUAUCCUCCCAGACAAUGUGCCUCAUUUCAUGUCGGUGUCUGUGUUCGGUAGAUUUCUCUAUUGACACUUGAAAGACAUACUGUAGGACCAAUAUAGUGACAGUAUUGGAACACGCACACUUACAGAUAUUAUGUCCAGUAGGAAGAGGCACAUUGCUGAGAGAACAGCCAAUUAAUUAUCUUCAGGUUGUGCCAUACCUUAUGCUUUCUGCUUCAAAUUCGGCACAACCCUUUCCAUGUGUAUGAACCCACAGGGACCCUUACAUGCAUAACUGGAAGAAGCCAUACAGCAUCAUUCCCAAUCUGAAAUACUGCCACAUGAAUUAAUAUGAACUGGGAAAAGUACCCUAUUAAUAAUGACUUACCAUUGGGCUUUUUUCCCCUCCAGACUAUAUAUUUAUUUGAUUUUGUAUUACACAUUUCAGACUGUAUCAGUUGCAGUGUGAUACAUACAGUCAGAAGUAAAUCUAAAUUCAGGAGUCAGUAAUGACCAUCUCAUUUUGUGAUGACUGUUAUAGACAGCCAGAACAGAACAUCUCCAAAGAACUGGUCUCAACCAGAAGCAUCGUGUAGAUUCCUUAGAUGAUCUUUCUGAUGUCAUGGAGUCUUUAUUUUUGCUCUACUGGAUAAAUAGUGGGAACCCCAAAUCUCAAGACUGUAACUGCCAAAGUGCACAGAUAACAUCAAAGGUUAUCAGAUUUUUUUUCGCAAAGGGCCUGAAUAUGGCCAUUCAUUGAGUCAUGUUAAAAAAUAAGUUUAAUAAUAUAAAUAAUCAAGAAUACAGAUUGUGUACAGGCUCAUAACACACACUCCUUAGGGGACACUACUGCUCAUUCAAACAAAACCAGACUCAUAGGUGCACUGGUGUAGAUAUGCAUCAAAUUCUGAUUUCCCUCUAACAAUAAUAACUGAAAUGAAAGUUUGGCUGUCUUUGACAUAGUAAAUAGUGUGGCAGAGGCUGCAUUGAUCGGCUAAUCAUAAACUCAUACAAGUUUACUCGAGAACUGACUAGCCAGUAACUCCUGGUGAUGAACUAAAUAGUAGCUUUAGCCUCAUUAAAUUUCUCUAGAUUCUUUCAUCCAAGGCUCCUUUUUUUCAAACUUAUAGUUCAUCCAGUUACACUGUAGAGUCUAGACAAAUCUUGCCUCCUCACUGAUGUGGUUUUAGGUAGCCCUUCCAUGGUGUGUCCUUAUAAAUUUGACAUUUCAGCAGAAAUAGUGUGGCAGAGAGAAAGAGGGAAGCUUGGAUAUUUUAGUUGGUUUCUCUCCUCUUGUAGCUCCUCACUUGUCUGGUCCUUGCCCUCAGCUUGUAGUGACUGUAGGUGGACCAUGCCAAACAGAAUACAGACCACACAUUUGGUCCAAGUUUAUAUGAAUGCUUAACCGGUAUCCAGCCGACAUAGCCACUGCUGAAAACAUUCUUCUCCAAAAGUUUCAAGUCUUCCUCUUUCUGUCUUUCAACUCAUAGGCCAGUCUUUUCUCCACACCGCAGUCCUCAUUACAGCAAGGGCCUAUGCAUUAGUCUUCCUUUUGUGCAAAAAUGUUGUUACUUCAUUUUGGCCAAAUCAUUAAUUGGUGCUUAUGGUGAUCUGUUUUGGACUUCUGUGUUACUGAAUUCCAAAAAUCAAAGUACCCAGAACUGCCCUACUGUCUUGCAAUAGACUUUUUCACAGUUUUUAAAAAAUACAAUUCUUUAUAUUUUGAUUCUGUUGGCUUUUUGCAGUUGUGACAUUCUGGUGACCUUCUUAUGACGUCACUUUUAUAAACCUGAACGAACAGGAGAAUUGUUGACAGAUGUUUGGGUAUAUACUGGAAAGUACAAUGUAUUUAUGAAUUCCUAUUUAGUAAGUUUUUAUGGCAGUUUUCACAUAAUUAUCAUAGUAUAAAUAAAUAAUGUUUGUACAGUCAACUAGAGUAUGUGUACUCAUGUACAGUAUUUGUGAAUCUCUCAUUUAUAUGUUACAUUGGAAGUAUUCAAUGAACUGUGCAGAAAAAUGCAUUUUUCACUCAAUAUUUUA